GUUCUUGUAGCAGCAGCUGAUAGCUCCGCUGUCAACAGAAGGCUGGAAACCCGCUGCGGCUCAGACACGAAAAUAAUCCAAAAGAGAACAGAGUCCAAGCUGCGGAGGAACAGUCGUCUGUUUGGGACCCCCCUGUUUGACCUCCACUUCAGGGAGGAGGCCCAGCCCCCCCGCUGUCUGCUGCACAGGACGCUAUGAGCUCCAGAGGGAGUGGUGGCCGCUCCAACGGCGCCCUGCCGCAGACCAAGAUCUGCCAGUUCAAGCUGGUGCUGCUGGGGGACAUGGCUGUGGGCAAGUCCAGCCUGGUGCUGCGCUUCGUCAAGGGACAGUUUGACGAGUUCCAGGAGACGACUAUAGGAGCCGCCUUCUUGGCCCAGUCCGUGUGUUUAGACGACACCACGGUGAAGUUUGAGAUCUGGGACACGGCCGGACAGGAGCGCUACCACAGCCUGGCUCCCAUGUACUACCGCGGGGCGCAGGCUGCCAUCGUUGUUUUCGAUAUCACCAAACCGGAGACCUUUGAGAGAGCGAAGGCGUGGGUGAAGGAGCUGCAGCGGCAGGCCAGUCCUAACAUCGUCAUCGCUCUGGCUGGAAACAAGGCCGACUUGGCUGAGAAGAGACUGGUGGAAUACGAGGAGGCCCAGUCUUAUGCUGAGGACACAGGCCUGCUCUUCAUGGAGACGUCUGCCAAGACGGCCAUGAACGUCAAUGAGCUUUUCCUGGCUAUUGCGAAAAAGAUGCCAAAAACAGACACCCAGAACCCGACGCAUGCAGCACGACAUCGGGGAGUGAACCUCCAGGACCCGGACGCCCACUCCACCAGAGCCUGCUGCGGCGGCAACUAACCCUCCACGACCAAUCGCCCUUUCCCCCCCUCUCCCCUCCCCCAUCGCCACAGCCCUGAAAUCAUCGCGUCAUGUAGAAGCAGCGUGCAAAGGAGGAGCCGUAAGCUAGGGAAACCUGCCGAGCUCUCACCUCUGCACGCCGCCUCCAUCCUCCCGGCCAACUCCAAGGAACGUGGAAGACAUUCGAACGAUGGCGGCUGAAUUCAGGGCGGAUACACAAGUUUGCUCAUCAUGCUUGUUUCAGGACUUUGCUUUGGGUAAUCAGAGGCAAACGCAGAGAUUGAGAAGUGGAAAAAAUCGAAGGACGUGAAAACCUUGCUGUAGAAUUUAGCACUAAUGGUGAUUUGUUUUUUUCUUUCUGUGUUUUCUCUGCCUUCACCAUGUUGCAUAAAAAGGGCCCAAACUGAACAUCACCUGCUUUUGAGUGGACCUAAAAAAGGAGAGAACCAACAGAAAGGGAGCUUUCCUCUUCUCCUUCUUUGUGGAUUUAGCUUUUGCCUCAUUUUGAUCCAACUCUUCUGUGAACACUGUCCCGUACCGCCAUCCUGGAAUGAUCCGUACUCCUUUCACCAAGCUUCCCCCAGAGAAGCAUCCAUGACACAACUUCUCAAACGUGUCCGCUUUAUCAAACAUCUAGACUCCAUUGUGUUUUGGCUGCAACAUUCCAGCCAGUCCUAACCAUGGCCGGCGUUCUGCAUAGAAUCUUCAAUUGACUCCAGGAAGCCGACUUGGAAGCUCGCACAGCCCAACCUGUUUGCAUUUAACCUAUUUAUGAUGCAAUGUUGAAAAAUCCCUGCAGUGUAGUGCAUGAGUAACAAUAGAGACAGAAGCAAACUUUACCACGACACUAUGGGGUUGAUGAGGAGCGUAUGCGACGUGGCCAAUCUUAAAACGCCUGCAGCAGGGAACCCAAAGAGUUUAGAUACCAGAAUCGUACUGUGAGUAGAUCUUUUACGGGGAGUGGCCAUGUCUGCUUCUGUGCAUGUGAAAAUCCUGUCCUCAGAUAACCCCAUGGUGACAUUUGUUUAGUUACCUAAAGGAUAACGGAUCUAGAAUGAACCAUGUUGUCCUGUAGGAUCUUCUCUGGCCAUCUUCCGGAAGGCGUCCCUCUUGUCACGGUGAUCUCGGAUGGCUUUGUGAAUUAACUUAUUUUCAAACAAUGCUCUUGAGUUGAGUGAAGCGUGCGUGGUAGCGGCCGGGCCUGGCUGAAGAAAAGAGGAAAAUGGUGGAACAGAAGUGCCUACUCCCAGUUUUCUUUCCCCUUGGUGUGUGGUUUGCAGACGGGUGCAGGAGAAGCAGUUCCCUGACUCUGGCUCGUACUUAAAACAACGUGACGCCUUGUUAAGCUACACUAACGGCUCUUUGAAUGGAUGUAAAGAGAUUUAGUCAGACACUGUAUGUCGUAUAUUGUCCCUAUUUUAAUGAAAGUGUAGGUUGAUUUUAGCAGAUCGCUCCUGUGACCCUGGAAUGGAUUGUUCAAAGGACUCUAAUCAGUGUUAUAAAUCUAUUUGAUUUAAACCAACAUUGGUGUUCUGUGUGAUUUCUUAUUUUUUUAUUUAAUUGCAAACUUAAAAACAAGAAACAG